GGGUGUAUUACGCUUGUGCAGGGGAUGCAUGGCAGGAUCUACGCGGGGAGCUUGAGUUUUUACGGAAGAGACGAGACGAAGAGAAGAAAGAGAGGCUCACACACGAACUGCUGGACAGUUGAUCACGCUCUCACAAACGACACAGCCAGACAUGGCAGCCGGAACCCAAUCCGGAUCACAGAAGGGCAAAGCACAGAUCGGCGCAGCCAAAUCCCUCCGAAAACGAUCCAUCGCAAAACUCGCCUCUAUCAAAAAACGCCCACCACCCCGACAAUCCUACCCAGCCCACACAACACCCCUCUACAUCUCCCCCACCUCCCCGUUCAUCAGCAUCCUAAAACGCGUAACCACACUCCUGCUUCCGAAACCCGGACCGAAGGAGAGGAGGGGGGUGAGGGUUGUUGUGUUGGUGGGGAUGGGGAGGGCUAUGGAGAGGUGUUUGGGGGUUGCGUUGAGGUUGCAGGACGAAGGACUGCAUGGGAAAGAAGAGAGGCAAGGAGUGAGGUUUGGGGUUGAGGUUAGAACUGGGACGGUGGGGGUUGUUGAUGAUGUUGUGCCGGAUGAUGAAGAUGAGAUGAUUACGUGUCAGGUUAGGAAGCAGAGUAUGGUUGAGGUUUUCGUGACGGUGAAGGGAGCUGCUCUAUGAGAAGUUACUGUGACUACAAUUAGGUAUAGUAUAGUAUAGUAUCGGGUUCCGGACUGGAUUUCGAUAGAUUUCCCACGCUCGAGCUCAUGCGCGCUAUGACCUCACCCUCCCACGCAAGCACAG